UAAAGUUUACAGUAAAUUCUCUCUGCCUUUUUUCUUUUUCUUUUUUUGCCUUCAACAGAGAAGGAAGAAGCAAAAGGAAACCCAAUUCUACAAACUCUACAGGUUGGAGCAGAUUUAUGAUCUGCUGUUCAUGCUGAGAUCCAGGAAAAAUUCUAAUUGGUAAAAGAGUCAGUGUUUGGAAGUUGAGAUAUUUUCAGAGAGCAGAGUGGAUGCAGCCAAGAUUGCUGAAGGAAAUCAUAAGCGAACGGGCUUGUAAGGAUUGGUGACUUGCUUGAAUAUACAGUACAAGUUUGCCAUUCUGGAUUAUACAGAAGACUCAGCACUCUUCUCUACCAUGAAGCUGUACUCUGGGGCAUGUCCUAAACUGGUCCUUACGAUCGCAGUGCUGUUUCUAAUAAAACAGGUCAAAGGAUCUCUUGAAACAAUACAAGUCAAUUGGCUUAACUAUAAAGCAGAAUGUUUUAAAAUGUUGCAGAAGUCUACAAUAAAAACAGGAAUAUAUUGCAAUGGAACUUUCGAUCAAAUUUUUUGCUGGCCUAAUUCACCUCCAGGAAAUAUCUCAGUUCCAUGUCCAUCUUAUUUACCUUGGUUAGAAAAUGGAACAGCGGGAAAUGCAUACAGAGUCUGCUUGGAUGACGGAAAUUGGCAAAAGGAUGAAAAUUCCACCGAGGUUUGGCGCGACUAUACAGAAUGCGAUAAGAAGAAUGACAUCCCGCCCAAAGUUGAAGAACAUCCACUGUAUACUGCCCUUCUAAAACUUUAUACUGUGGGAUAUUCUUUUUCUCUUGCUACCCUUGUAUUAGCACUGUUCAUAUUACUGCUGUUAAGGAAACUGCAUUGCACAAGAAACUACAUCCAUAUGAAUCUGUUUGCUUCAUUCAUCUUGCGAGCCACGGGAGUCCUCAUAAAGGACGGCAUAACACACAAUUCUUACUUAUUUAUGUUAGGCCCCCAAAAGCCAAAAGUUGAAGAGGAAUGGAUUUCCUUCCUAAAACCAGAGAAGUUGGCCGUUUGCAGGAUUGGCCCAGUAUUCAUGCAUUACGUCGUUGGGGCAAAUUAUUUCUGGCUUUUGGUGGAAGGAAUUUACCUCCAUAGGUUAUUAGUGACCACGGUUUUGUCUGAGAAACACCUGCUGCAAAGAUAUGUCCUCAUUGGAUGGGGUAUUCCAGUUCUGUUUGUUGUCCCCUGGGGAAUAAUAAAAUACCAAUUGGAGAAUGAAAGAUGCUGGACAACAAUUCAGAACAUGGCAAUCUGGUGGAUCAUUCGAGGGCCCAUUUUCUUUUCCAUUGCUGUUAACUUCUGUAUCUUCCUAAAACUUCUAAAACUGUUACUUUCAAAAUUUAAAGCCUGGCAAAUGAGCUUUCGUGAUUACAAAUUCAGAUUGGCAAGAUCAACCUGCUUGCUAAUACUGUUGCUUGGAAUUCAGGAAAUUAUUUUCACCUUCACCCCUGAUGAACAAGUCGAAGGUCUUGCCAGGCAUAUAAAACAAUUCAUUCAGCUGCCAAUCAACUCCUUUCAUGGUUUUUUGGUAGCAUAUUUAUACUGUUUUUCUAAUGGAGAGGUGAAAGCUGAACUGCGGAGGCAGUGGUCCCAUUUUCAGCUGGCUUACCCCUUUAUCUGCAUACCGUGCUCUCUGGGGGAAGAUCUCAAGUUUCUGGGGAGAUGUCAGAAGAAGCUGCAUUUGAGCAAUAAUUGUCUUUCCUUGGAGGUGAUUCAGCCUCAGAGUGCGCAGAGAACAGACUGCAGUGUGGAGCUCAGCCCCACACAGAGGCACAAUCCCCGAGUGAGCAUCUCCAACAGCAGCGAAGGAGAGUUUACCACAGGGGUGACUAUCGAGGAGACCUUUGAAGAAAGCGAGAUUUAGAAGCUGAAUGUGAAAUCAGGACUACAAGAGAACUGACACCCCUUAACAGUUUACUGCCUUUCUUCUGGUUAUCUGGAACAUCCAGUAUUGUACACUGCCAGAGACUAAAUAUUGGUGUAGCGGAACCAUUGAUCUUACGGGACAGCUCUUCUGCUUGCCAUGAAAGACAGCAGCAGCAGCUGCUGCUUCUGCUGCUUUUGUGAUGCUAGUAAAUGAGAAGCUAAAUUCCAGGAACAAAUAAAUUAAGCUGACUGAUAGCUGAGUUGCACAUAGCACAUUUGGAAGCUUGCAUGUAUAUAUUUAUAAGCACAUUUUCAACUUUUCUUAUAACAAUUAAAUUCAAGACUGCUUGUUUUUAGGACAGUUAUUAGUGUAUAGUCUACUUUUAAGGUGCAAAAAUAUUUUAUUCCUACUUCUCCACCUAACAGACCAGGAAAGUCAGUCAUCCUUACUUCAUAGGAACUUGGUACUUACUUUAAAGGUUCUGAUUUACCAGCAGAAUAUCUGAGAAAUCAGAAUCUCUGAAGGGAAAGUAAAGGGGAGAGUGAAAUCAGAUGAACUAUUGCUGAAAUGCAUCUACUUGCCUGACUGCUGGACAAGGUACAGUAGCCCUAUUCAGAUAUUACAGUAUGUUGGACCUACAUUCAGAUAUCUGUACUGUACACAUGUACAGGUUUUUGUGUGAAUGGCUGCACAUGUGUUCACUUUAAAAAUGAGCCUGGGAACAGACCUCCUAAAAGGCAGGGUAGAGACAGGAAGUAUACUACUGUAUGAGCAUUGAAUGUAGCAUGUGAACAUGUCCUUAAAGAACCAUGCGUGUGUUGUACAUGUGCUGAAUGUAGCAUGUGAACAGGGCUACAGUGAUUUAUAAUUGCUAAAUGUGUAAGCAUUAUGUGAAGGAAUAAGCAAGUAAAUAGGUAUGCAAGUAGGUUAGGAACAAACUAGACCUUACAUGCCCUAAUAACCCUUACAAUUCUUCCUGAUCACUUACCAAACCUUGGUUAGGACUACUAUUGUGUCUUCUAAUGAGAUUAACCUAAAAUGAUACCUGUAUAUUGUAAACAUUGUGGAUGCGAUCCACAGAAAGAUACAUUCAAAUUCUAUUGGAAUCAAUGGAAAUUGCUUCUGUAUAACUGUGCUUAUGAUCACACAGGCGACAUGCAAAAACAUCUGUUCCUCCUCUGAGGCUAGUCUGAGCACUCAGAGUCAUCUCCUUGUUGAUAUGCUGAAGUAAUGUUUACACAAAAAGCCAGCUGGAAAACAUCCAGUAUGUCCCUGUUCCAUAUCAUUAUGCUGGACAGUCAACCCCUUCAACAAUAAGUAAAAAUGUUUUCCCUAUAGUCAAGGAGUGAGUGAAUGAGCGGUUUGUACACAUAGCCCUUUGGCACAGAGCUUUGAUAAGCCAGCUCUGAACAGGCAGGAAAUCACCCAGCAGAUGGGGAAUGCUCUGCAUGCUUGUUUGGCACAGAUGAAGGAAGCAACAUUAUUUACCUAUCAGCAGAUAGACACAGAAUAGGUAAAUAUGAUGAUACCUCUUGAUUGCAUCAACAGACACAGUCUCUGUUAUCAGGCACACGUGUGUGUUGGGGGCAGGGGGUAAGAAAUCCAAGCAAAAAAGUUUUUCAGAGAGUCUAAUUACUAGAAAUGUGCUUUUUAAAAAAAUAUUGAAAACUGAAUGCCAAAUUCCAUAUAAUAUAUCACAUUGCAUGUUUGUAUAACAGUCAGGAAUAUUUCCUGAUAGGAUUUUAGACUUUUCGCUACCUACUAGCAGUCCUGUAAGUCUUUGAAACUGUCUUUCUACUCUAUUUACCCCAAUAGAAAAUGACUCUGAAUUUAAGACAAUUCCCUUAAAAAACAGAGGUUAGAUACAGGUAUUUAUCCAAAAGAUCGAGGAUUUUGAAUUUAAGUCGACCCCUCAAUUUCUAACAUCAAAUAACUUGGAUAAAACCUAGUAUCUGGGUUCAGGUAAAUAUGGUAGUUCUUUCCCCUCUGUAGUUAAGCAGGAUCUGGGCCUGACCUCACCUAGGUUAGGGCUCACAUGACUGAAUGUUCCUCUAUACACAGUGAUUCUCUGCUAUUGGAAGCUCUCAUGCCAGGAAAAGUUCUAGCCUAGCCUUCUGCCUGACUUGUUUCCUGUGCAAAGGACUGCAUUUCCCCCCAUGAAUGAGCGCUCCAAUAUAUGAACACCCACCUUUAGACUGAAGUGGCAUGAUCAAGACAUAGGAUUACCACCUCUGUGAGAACAAGCCCCUUGUAAAUGGCAUGGUUCAGGCAAAGUCAAUUUAGUUUCCCCUUGUAAAUAUGCCCUGCCAUCUAUAAACCCUUGCCUUUGAUAAAUGCUUUAUCGGGGGGGGGGGUGUCUCUCUCUACAUGCAUGUAUAAUCUCAGUAGGCAAGCAUUUUUUAACAGUACCUGUAAGUACAAUUAAUAUGUUCCUCAGUUCCUGAGCAACUAAUGAGCUUGAGAAAGGGAAUCCACUUGCUAGAUAUGCUUUUAUGAUGGAAGAGUAGCUAUCUUCUGCUAAUUUUGUUAGCUAAAACUAAUGGGGGCUUUAGUAAAUUGCAGGCAUUACUAGCUUUUUAUGUGCCAUCUUGGAGACCAUGGAGAUGAAGGUGAAACAAUGCCUUAUCUCUAUGAUUAUUAUUAUUUUUAAGUCUGUAAAAGGUUUAGUGCUCCAAUUACAAGUUAUAUCACCAGAUUAUCAUUUUGCAGAAUAUUGAAACAUAAUCCGUAGAAGGAAAUAAGAACCAAAAUCAGUGCCACUGACCUCAAUGUCUCAUUACAGGAUUUUCUGUCUGGGCUCCCAAAUCAAUGUAUAAAUGUAUUAGUGGGUGUGGAGCCUUUUAAAGGAAAGAUAAUUCUAUGAAAAUUAGAUGUCUGAUGAAGCAAGUGAAAAGGAAACCUGCACAUGGUACCAGACUUGAUUAAAAUACAGAUUAUGUAAGUGCAAGAAUUUGACAAAAGUCUCUCAAGGCUCCUGAUUAAAAUUAACAGUCAAGGGAUAGAAAAGGAGGGAUCCUCUUGUGGAACAGUAAUUGGUUAGAGAACAGGGGUGAAUUCUCACAAUGCAGGGAAACAAACAAAUGUGUCCCUAUCUCCCAGAAGGAUCUAGAUUAAAAUUAGGAGUGUGCAUUAAUUUUGUAAUGAAUGAACAAAUGAAACAAAUAGGACCCAAUCAGUUAAUUUUUCAUCUGUUAUCAAAGGAAUGCCUUUCCAUCCAUUUUCAUAAAUGGAGGGGGUGGGGUUCCUACAGCGCAGCCGAGUGGCAGGCCUUCUUUCCAAAAUGGCCUCUAAAGUGUACCAGGCACCACAAAACUCCCUUUAAGCCGUCACCAUUGUCUUCACAAGGCCCCAGAAUGACACCAUGCUCAUUGUGGGGGGCCGGGGUGGGAGGAAUGGCAGCUGCCAGGAGGCAUCCACCAAAAGCAAUUCUGUUGCUCUUGUUAAACCCUACAGGUUUUUUUUUUAAAAAGGGGGAGAAGGCUACACUAGAUAAGUACCCCCAUCACAAAAGAGCCAGCAGAGUUCUGCUUGUUUUCUCUUCCUGUCAGUGACAUAAAAAAUAACCUCAGGCCACAGGUCAUGGAAUUGGUCAUGGUGAGAGGUGCUCUUACCCCUGGACUUCAGGGCCACAGUCCAGGGCCUCCACAUCCCUUGGGGGCACCCAAAUCCUCUUUAGUCUGUCCUGGGUGGUGUGGUCGCCAUGCUGUGCCGGGUGGCCAAGUGUGAUUGUGACCUGUGCCGGGUGCUUUAGAAGCAGAGCGGGGAGUGGGGAAAGAAAUAUGUGGGAUGGGAAGAUGUUCAGUUGUGUGUUGAAAUGUUUCCGCUCAUGUAUAUUUGCAUAAAUAUAACUGUUUUGUAUUAUUACA